AAAGGAUCGUAGUCGGAUCGUACAAACCCUUUUUUUAACCCUUUUCUCUUCCCAGCUCUGUACGAUUAGUCUACCGUCCUCCAGCUCCUACUCCAUGCCAUUCCCACCUCCAUUGUCGCCGUCUUCGUCGUCCCACGCGGAAAUCGCAGACCUGGAAACGGCGGCGACCUGGUGAUGGAGGCGACCUGGUAAUGGGUUGGAAGAACUAAUGACGCUCUGGAUACUAACAGUACAAAAAUAAUACGUGAUAAUAAUAUGUAGUAGUUUUUUUUUGCUUCUUCAUAGCCUCAUCUUCUCGGCUGGUCACUCCAAUUUUUUGUUUUUUCUUUGUUUGGAGUAAGGAAGAGAAAGCAUCUUCUUUUUUAAAUAUGGAUCCCAAAUUCGACGAUGGGCGUUCUUCAAUUACAGUCAAUCUCUCGAAUGGCCAUGAAAAACACCAUGCUGCUGCUGUUUUUCAACUGCAGGUUUCUGAAAAAAAACGUCUUUUUCCAAGACUUGUUUCAAUGGCAUCAAUGCAUUAUCAGGUAUUCAGAUGGGCAGAGAGUACUAUUAAAGAUAUGGGCGACUCAGCUGCACGACAUUGUUCGCUUCAUGCGCUAACUGAUGCGCGUGCGCCUCCCCUUCUCCCAUGCGCUGGAUGCCCUGCUUGCUGCGGCUGGUGCGCUUAACCAACAAGGAAAUUUAAAGAUGAUGAAAAAGUCAGGUUAUGGAUUACAGCUUAGAGUUCCACCUUCACAGAAGAAGAAACAAUCAACAAGACCUCCCCUCCCUACUGCACUUGGUUUUGGGAUGGGAAUGAUGAUGACGUUGAGAAAGAGAUUUCUCGCCAAGCUUCCGAGAACAAGGCUCUGAGAGAUAUUGAGGAGAGCAGCAUAAGAAAGCUCCAGAAGAGGAUCCAUUUGUAUUUGAUUAUGAUGGAGUAUAUGACAGCAUGAAAAUGAAGGCUGUUCAACCACACGCACAUGACCUUGAGGAGAGGAAGCCAAAAUGUAUCUGCCAACUGAUGGAGAAAGCCAAGCAAAGGAAACGUGAACAUGAGAUAGUGUAUGAGAGGAAACUUGCCAAAGAGAGAAGCAAAGAUGAUCAUCUGUAUGCUGACAAGGAGAAAUUUCUCACAAGUGCAUACAAGAAGCUUCAAGAGUAGGAAAAGUGGUGCAUGAAGAGCGUCUUCGCGAGCUACGUGAAGCAAAGGAUGAUGUAACCAAGAAGGCGGACAUAAGUGACUUUUACUUCAACCAUGCAAGGAAUGUUGCUUUUGGGGGAGGAGAGUCAAAGACAGACAAGACCAAGAAGCUGCAUGAAGAGGUGGCAGUUCAACCGCAAAAAGAGACUUAUCCAAUCCUCAAGCUCAGCAUCUCCUAAUAUGUUUGGAAUGAUGAAGACAUAACAUGUACAGGAAUCUGUACAGGCAGAAACAGGGCCUACGUCUAUCACAAUAUCAUCUGAAGGAAAAACCAUAAAUGGACCAGCAGUUGAAGAUGGACCUCCUGCUGUAGAUGAAACUGCUGAUCAACCAAAACAUGCUGCUCAUCAUAAAAGAAGUGGCAAUGCUCUUGCUGCAGCCAAGGAACGUUUUUUGGCAUGAAAGAAGGCAGAUGAAGAAAAGUAUACAUAAGUCGCUGUUAGGUUUUGUGCCCAAUGUUUUUUGCAAAAAGCGUAUUUCAAUAUUUGAUAAUUGGAAGGUGCUGCUGGGUGCUUCUCUUGAAUCAUUCGCAAUAAAUCUUAUAUUUAUUGAUGAUGUAACUUGUAAAAUUGUACUUCAUGUUUUUCGAUUUUAAAAACUCUAUAACUGAACUAAGUUACUCAAAAUCUCAAAUCUAAGGAUCAUUUUCACUUUUAG